AGCAACAUCAAAGAAGCAACGUCUUGGUGAAAGUUGCAUUCUUCUACUUCUAUCCUACCCCCCACCUUGAGACUCGUCUCCUUAACGCAAAAUUUCUCUCUUUCGCCAAAACCCAGAUUUAGGACGGUGAAGUGCGGAAGGGAUUUUCGUUUCCCGGUCAAAAAAUGGCCGGAUCUUCUGGGAGAUUACCGACGUGGAAAGAGAGGGAGAACAACAAGAGACGAGAGAGGAGGAGAAGGGCCAUCGCUGCCAAGAUUUACACAGGGCUUAGAUCUCAAGGUAACUAUAAGCUCCCCAAACAUUGCGACAAUAAUGAGGUCUUGAAAGCUCUCUGUGCCGAGGCUGGUUGGGUGGUUGAAGCAGAUGGCACCACUUAUCGCAAGGGAUGCAAGCCACCUCCAAGUGAACUUGGAGUUGCCUCGGCAAACAUUAGUGUAUGUUCCUCUGUUCAACCUAGCCCACAGUCCUCAGCUUUUCCUAGUCCUAUACCUUCCUACCAUGGCAGCCCUGCAUCAUCCUCAUUCCCAAGCCCAACUCGGUUUGAUGGAAACCCCUCUACGUAUAUUCUCCCAGUCCUUCGCAACAUCACAUCUAUCCCUAGUAAUCUUCCUUGUCUUAGAAUAUCAAAUAGUGCUCCUGUAACCCCACCACUUUCUUCCCCAACAUCCAAAGGGCCUAAAAGAAAAGCUAACUGGGAAUCGCUUUCAAAUGGCUCCCUCAAGUCAUUUGUCCACCCCCUUCUUGCUGCCUCUGCCCCUUCUAGCCCUACACGUAGGCACCAACUUGCACCAGCCACAAUACCAGAAUGUGAUGGAUCUGAUGCCUCUACUGUGGAUUCUGGCCGCUGGAUCAGUUCUCAAACAAUGUUACCAGCACCUGCUGGUCCUCCUUCACCUACCUUCAAUCUUGUCAAAUCAGUUGUGGUUCAACAGAGUUCUCUCCAAAAUGGUUUUGAUGGGCAUUUGCCAGUUGUCCAGGGAACAGCAGCAAGGAAAGGGAGAGGAUCAGAGUUUGAGUUUGAGAACUGCAGAGUUAAACCUUGGGAGGGUGAGAGAAUACAUGAAAUGGAUGACCUAGAACUUACCCUUGGAGGUGGCAAGACCCGUGCAUAACCCAUCUAGUAAGAAACCUUGCCCUCGAAAAUUGAGGAAAGGCCAUUGGAUAUGUAGUAUUCAUAUUGUGAAUUAUGCAUCCUUAAUGGGUGCUUGGUCUGCUGAUCAAGCUGAGUGGCGUACCUUGGUUCUCCAUUUGAUCUGUUACCUGGAGAUCAAGAUUCAAUAAUUGGUUCAACAUAACUUUCUUUCACACAUACAUCGUUCAUCCUCAAGGAGGCAUUGCAAGAUCUUAGCAUAUGGGGUUAGAUUGAUUGCCAAAGCAUGAGCAUAUGGCAACUUUAUGAGACAACAUCGUUGAUGGCAAAUCUGCAGUAAUGGAGAGAGACUGAAGCUGGGUUAUUUCCGGGAUUGGUAUAAAUUAUUCCCCCUUUUCAAUUAAUGCAUAUGUUUAUACUUUUGUUAUUAUAAUCGCUUCAUGUAUCAUACGAUUGGAUUCUAUUUCAAUUUAACAUUGAGGUGUUCUCCCAGACUUCAAAUAUAUAGAUUGUGAUCAUUUUUAGUUUGUAGUCAAGGAUUCGAUUUAUGUAUCCUUUGAGGAAAGCACAUGAAAAAAUCAUUCCAAGGCAG